AUAUUAAAUGACUAACAGCACAGAUUAAUGAAUUGGUUGUCGAAAUUAAGUAAUAUUAUAUAAGUUUAUAUGUCACCAACUGAAGUCGAAUCGAGUGAUAGAAGAUCGAUAUUCUGGUUAGCAGGUAGUAAUGGAAUUGGAAAAAGUUUAUUUAUUCGAAUGCUACAUGAUAUAAUCAGAGUUCAUGCUCACUUUAAUAUAUGGUAUUUAUCAGCUAAUUAUGGUCUUAAAGACUAAUUCGGGGAUUAAGUCACGUACAACUUAAACAAUAAAGCACUAAGUUAUCUUGAUGAAAGUGCUGUUAAUUUCUUAGUAGUAGAUGAAGUUCAAGUUGGAGUUGGAUUGUUUUCUGAUGACCAAUUGUUGUAAUUAUCUCAAUCAUCAGGAGGAGGCUCAAAAUAGUCAAUUUCCUUAUAAAUGAAGUAUGGCCAUAACAUAGUAUUACGUAAAUGUUGUUGGCUAAUAUUCAGUAAUGUUUAAAUAGAGACAUUUGUUACAUAAAUGCAAUAGAUUAGAUUGGGGUAGAAUAUAAAUUCACUUCUUUUAAGAACUAACUACUUAGAUGUAUGGGAAUAUAGUGACAGACUUAUUGAAUGGCAAAAAUAAUAAUUAGUGGACAUAUAAAGAAACUAUAACAACACUUUGGUAAUAGAUAUAAAAGAAUUUUUAUUCUUGAACAUCGAUAUACAUUUGCAAUUAGAAGGCUAAAAAUAUGAUUAAUAUUGUUCUAAUGCUGUGAAAGUAAAUAAAAUUAGUAAGUAAUUGUUCAAUAAACUAACUAAUUAUUCAUCACGUCGAAUGGAGUUCUUAUCUUUAACAGUUCAACAAUACAAAUUGAUCUAAGAAUCAUAAAACAUUAACGUUGCUAAGUUAUAAAUCAAAUAAGCAACCUAAUUCUUGUUGGAUACCACAGUUACUGGAUAUAGCACGUAAUUUAAUGAAUUUAUAAACACUAAUUAUCACUACGAAGGUGAAGCUUAGAUUGCGCCUAUAUCUGAUGAACGUAUUGACGCAAUAAAAAAGAUGAAUUAAAGUAGAAUUCCUUAAGUUUAUUAAAGGUUACAAGAAAUUAGAAUGACAA